AAGCCCAGCUCACACAAGGCAAUAUUAGGGAAGCUGUCUUCAAGGGUUGCUUUCUUCUCCACCUCCCUAUCGAAACCGCCGUCGUUUUUAUCUCCUCUUUUAAACUAAUCCAUGGACCAGAGCAAGCUCAAGAGAUGCUCCGCAUCAUCAUCCUCCCAUGCUGAAGCAGCUGCUGAGGCUACAGAUCCUUUGCAAAAGGAAAGAGAGUUGGAUUAUUUGGAGACAGAAGUUGAUAGUCGGAAGAGGCAGAAGCAGGAGGAAGAAACCACAGAGAAGAAGAAAGAGUGUUGUUUCGACACUAAAGAUGCAAAGGGAAACAAUGAGCGUACAAUAUUCGUCACGGGUUUUGAUAAUAGCGGUUCUAGGGAUGAGAUCAGGAGCGCACUGGCUAAACAUUUCAGUUCAUGUGGAGAGUUGACGAGGGUUUUUGUUCACAUCGAGUGUGAAACCGGUGUUUCCAGAGGAUAUGCUUUUAUUAAUCUGAAAAAACGUGUUGGCAUUGAGGCGGCGUUAUCUCUCAAUGGAAGCGACUUGGGAGGUCAUAAGCUUCUGGUUACAAUGGCUAGACUUAGAGACGAAUACUAUGCCCACUUUAACUUUAAAGGCUGUGAAAUCUGUCGUGCUGGCUAUACUGCCGGCCCUCAGAGACUGUACAGAUGGAAUCUUCGAACUGGUGGUGGCAAAGUCAGGCGCUUUUCUCCAAAAUUUGAAGAAAAGUGUCGUCGUCACCAUGAAGAGAGAAUGGCUUCUCGCAAGAUGAACAAGUCUAAAACCAAAGAAGGCUAAAACCAAAAAGGAUGCCUCACCAUCAUUGUUGACUUUCCAUUUCGGACAAAAAUCUCUUAUAGACCAAAUGGUCAAAAAAAAAUCUACAACAUCCAAAAAAAAUCUACAUGGACCAAUUAUAGGGAAAUGACGAUUUUGCCAUUAAUGAAAAACUGAUAUGAGCCAUUGGAUCA